AUGAAUCACAAACAUCUCUAUGCAGCUUUAGCUGCAGCUUUAGCUGCAACCGUGAUUAUCCUCAUCGUCCUCUUGAUUUUCAUAAGAUGCAGGUAUAAGAAGAAAUUUUUUCACAGAAGCAGGGAUUUGGCCAACGAAGGCCAGCAGAUGAGACUGGAAUACAGUUUCUUCAACAAGGUUGCAGGGCUGCCCAAAAAGUUCACUUACAAAGAAAUUGAAUCUGCAACAGAUAAUUUCAAGAUCUUAUUGGGUAGGGGGGCAUCUGCUUCUGUAUUCAAAGGGGUGUUUGAAGAUGGUACAGAGAUAGCUGUGAAGAGAAUGAAUAAAUCAGAUCACGGGAGAAAGGAGUUUGAAGCAGAGGUGGCUGCCAUAGCUAAUGUGAAUCAUAUCAAUCUGGUUAGGCUGAUUGGGUUCUGUACAGAUGGGCCUCACAGAAUCCUGGUUUAUGAGCUUGUUUCCAAUGGGUCUUUGGGCUCAUGGAUUUUUGGUGCAAGGAGGGAGCAUCCUCUGGUGUUGGGAUGGGCCCAAAGAUUUAGGAUUGUUGUGGGUGUUGCCAAGGCUUUGUCAUACUUGCAUCAUGAUUGCAGAGCAAGGAUUUUGCAUUUGGAUGUGAAGCCAGAGAACAUACUGUUGGAUGGAAUGUUUGAGGCCAAGGUGUCUGAUUUUGGGCUGUCAAGGUUAAUGGGUAGGGAUGAGAGUAGGGUGAUGACAACCAUGAGAGGGACCAAGGGGUAUUUGGCCCCUGAAUGGCUUUUGUCUCAAGGGAUUACAAUGAAAAGUGAUGUGUAUGGUUUUGGGAUGGUGGUGUUUGAGGUAAUUGGGGGGAGGAGGAAUGUGAGCCAGAUAAAUGGGGGUGAAAAUUCCGCAAGUUGGACCUAUUUUCCUAGUGUUGUUAUGAAGAAGGCAAAGGAGGGGAAGCUGAUGGAGAUUGUUGAUAGAAGAUUGGAUUUGUGUAGUGUUGAUGAAAGGCAAUUGGUACUGUUGAUUAAGGUUGCCAUUUGGUGUAUUCAAGAGAAGUCAAGGUUGAGGCCGGCCAUGGACAAGGUUGUAGAUAUGCUUGAAGGGAGGUGUGAGGUACUGGAUCCUCCUGAGACUAAGAUGAUCAUUGUUGACUUGUUGAAUCUCGAUGAUGAUUUAUACAGGCAAAAUGAUACAAGAAGCGUUGGACCAGCAAUUGAGGAGGGGACAGACCAAAAUGGUAGGAUUAUUAACUUCAGAGAUCUAAGUUAUUCCUAUACAAUGUCAGUUGUGUCUGGAAGAUAA